GCACCACCAACUAGCUAGCUUAGCUCUACUACUAUAACCCCCAUCUCCUCUCUCUCUCUCUCUCUCUCUCUCUCUCUGAUCGGUAUGGCAAGGAUGGGGGGGCCACUUAGUGUUGAGAGGGUGGUGGGAGACGUAGUGGACAUUUUCACUCCGAGUGUGGAAAUGAAUGUAACUUACGACUCCAACAAGCAGGUGUCCAAUGGCAUCAUGCUCAAGCCUCUCAACACUGUUUCUAAGCCUCGUGUCGAAGUUGGUGGUAGUGACAUGAGGGCUUCCUAUACACUGAUCAUGACAGACCCAGAUGCUCCAAACCCUAGCGAUCCAUCCCUCAGAGAACAUCUCCACUGGAUUGUCACGGACAUUCCCGGUACGACUGAUGCAUCCUUCGGAAGAGAAAUUGUGGGCUACGAGAGCCCAAACCCAGUCAUUGGAAUCCACAGGUAUGCGUUUGUAUUAUUCAAACAAAGGGGGAGACAAACAGUGACGGCUACCCCAUCUUCAAGAGACCUUUUCAACACAAGAAGGUUCUCCGAAGAAAAUGGAUUAGGGCUUCCAGUGGCUGCAGUGUACUUCAAUGCCCAGAAGGAGGCUUUUCCAAGAAGAAGAGCUACCUAGCCAGCUAUGCAAUAUCCAUUUUUCCCAAAACAAUAUAUAUUUACACCUACAAAGUACCAACUUGUGGGUGGACACAUUUUCUGCCCCUAGGGCUGGCCUACGCUUUUCACUUGCAUGCCUUUUCUGCUCUGCCAAACUUGGUUUUAAUUUUAAUAUCAUAAUUAUGAUUCCAAUUUUUUGUACGCCAAACAAGGGAGAACCAAGAUUUUCACUUUCGGAACUAUGCAGAGAUCACUAUAUAUGUAUCUGCAUAUAUAUAUAUACACUUAUCAUAUGAAAGAAAAGAGUUAUAUGGAGGACAGAAAAAACUGUACCCAGAAAG